GGCGGGGACGACCCGAUCGACCGGACCCAGGCUGCUGCCCCAGGCGACACGCUUUCCGACUCCUUGGCUUCUCAUGAGGGGAAACCACAGCGCAGCCAGCGCCCCCAGAGUCGGUGACUAGGGAAAUCCACGCCCAACGCCGGAACCCGCCAGCGCCCAGCUCGGCAGGAAAGCCGGAAGUGGAGGCGCGGACCCGGAAACCAGUGAGGCCGGCGCGCGCCCGCCGGAAGCCGUGACCCCGAGGCGGCCCCCUCGCCCGUGGCGCCGGAAGUGGUCGCGGGCAGCUCUGCUUCCUGCCUGAGGGGCGCGGCGGGCCCGUGGCGGCCGCGGAGGCGGGAGCGCUCAUGGCGGAGGGCGGCAGCCCAGACGGGCGGGCGGGGCCGGGGUCCGCAGGUCGUAAUCUGAAGGAGUGGCUGAGGGAGCAGUUUUGUGAUCACCCACUGGAGCACUGUGAGGACACAAGGCUCCAUGAUGCAGCCUACGUCGGGGACCUCCAGACCUUAAGGAACCUGUUGCAAGAGGAGAGCUACCGGAGCCGCAUCAACGAGAAGUCUGUCUGGUGCUGUGGCUGGCUGCCCUGCACACCGUUGCGAAUCGCGGCCACUGCCGGCCAUGGGAACUGUGUGGACUUCCUUAUCCGGAAGGGGGCUGAGGUGGAUCUGGUGGACGUAAAAGGACAGACGGCCCUGUAUGUGGCUGUGGUGAACGGACACCUAGAGAGUGCCCAGAUCCUUCUCGAAGCAGGCGCAGACCCCAACGGAAGCCGGCACCAUCGCAGCACCCCCGUCUACCAUGCUUCUCGUGUGGGCCGGGCUGACAUCCUGAAGGCUCUCAUCAGGUACGGGGCUGAUGUUGAUGUCAACCACCACCUGACUCCUGACGUCCAGCCCCGAUUCUCCCGGCGGCUCACCUCCUUGGUGGUCUGCCCCUUGUACAUCAGUGCAGCCUACCACAACCUCCAGUGCUUCCGGCUGCUCCUUCUGGCUGGAGCGAACCCUGACUUCAAUUGCAAUGGUCCUGUCAACACACAGGGAUUCUACAGGGGCUCUCCUGGGUGCGUCAUGGAUGCAGUCCUGCGUCAUGGCUGUGAGGCAGCCUUUGUGAGCCUGCUGGUAGAGUUUGGAGCCAACCUGAAUCUGGUGAAGUGGGAGUCAUUGGGUCCGGAGUCGAGAGGAAGAAGAAAGGUGGACCCUGAGGCCUUGCAAAUCUUUAAAGAGGCCAGAAGUGUUCCCAGAACCUUGCUGAGUUUGUGCCGUGUGGCUGUGAGAAGAACUCUUGGCAAAUACCGGCUUCAUCUGAUUCCUUCACUGCCUCUGCCAGACCCUAUAAAGAAGUUUCUGCUUCAUGAGUAGAUCUCAGUGCAGCGGUUGAUUCCAGUGAGGGAGAAGGUGAUCUGCAGGGAAGGUGGACACCGAGUCCCGCGUGCCGUGCUGCUGGUGGUAUCCUGGUGGCUGCUGCUACAGAAGACAUUCUCGUGGACUGUCAUUCCUCCUCAGGUGCCUGGGCCGCUGAACAGUCCUUGGGUCGUUGUCAGCCUAGAGGCUCAUACAAAAGUUAUUUUUGUUUUUCCCGAGUUCUCUAUUUUGGAUUUUCAGUUGCAUAUUAAUGUAAUGGGCCAUGGAAUAUGUACACGUAAGGGCUGAGGUUGGAGGCCUAGUAAUUUCCCUGGAGGGAAGACCCCUAGCACUUCUGGAACUGUGCUUCUAUUUAUUUUUCUACUUCUCCAUUUGAUUGUUUGAUUAAAGCCUAGUAUCUAAGUGAAAA